AAGUGUGCUGUAAAGUUUGAGUGCGCUCUCUCGUCAGCCAGACUGCACUUACCGUCUCUCUGUCUGUCUCUGUGUCUCUCUGUCGCUCUCUCUCUGGACUUGAAUGGGUAGAAACUGAAAGCUUAACAGAUGUGUAAAGUUUCGUUUCUCGUCCAUGCCGGUACCACGUCUAUCUCCCCCCCUCCAUGUCCCCCUCUCUGGGUAUUCUGUACCAGAGUGCAGUAACUGUUGUGUUGAGUGUGAACACAUAUAAACUGAGGCAAAAACAUAACAAAGUGGGAGUAUUGUCUCCAGGCAUGAAUUCCCUACCAGCUUUCUCAGGCGCUAGAAUAUCUGGCUGUUGGACUCUAAGAUCUGAUGGCAGUGGAGGUUGUGAAGGAUCACUGGACCGACUUCUCCCCUCAGUGAGCACGGGACUGACACCGAGGAAAAGGACCACGAGCCAGUGCAAGUCUGAGCCUCCUCUCUUACGCACCUCCAAACGAACCAUCUACACUGCUGGACGCCCACCCUGGUACAACGAACAUGGAGCACAGUCCAAAGAGGCCUUUGUCAUUGGUCUGUGUGGCGGCAGCGCUUCAGGAAAGACGACCGUCGCCAGGAAAAUCAUUGAGGCUCUAGAUGUUCCCUGGGUUGUACUGCUGUCAAUGGACUCUUUCUACAAGGUCCUGUCCUCAGAGGAGCAGACUCUGGCCGCCAGUAAUGACUAUAACUUUGAUCACCCCGAUGCCUUUGACUUUGAUUUGCUGACACACACCCUGCGCAAACUCAAACAGGGCAAAAGUGUGAAAAUCCCUGUCUAUGACUUUACAACUCAUGGGAGGCAGAAGGAGUGGAAAACUGUAUAUGGAGCCAGUGUCAUCAUCUUUGAGGGAAUCAUGGCGUUUGCAGAUAAAGAGCUCUUGAAGCUUCUGGACAUGAAGAUUUUUGUGGACACCGACUCGGACAUCCGGCUUGUGCGCAGGUUGAGGAGGGACAUCACAGAGAGGGGACGGGAAAUCGAGGGUGUCAUCAAACAGUACAACAAGUUUGUCAAGCCUGCAUUUGAGCAGUACAUUGAGCCCACCAUGCGCCUUGCUGACAUUGUGGUGCCACGUGGUGGCGGCAACAUGGUUGCCAUCGAUUUGAUCGUGCAGCAUGUGCAUAGUCAGCUGGAGGAGAGGAAACUUCGCUGGGAUAUGGCAGCCCUGGCAUCUGCACACCAGGCCCAACCCCUCCCCCAAACCCUCAGUGUUCUGGAGAGCACGCCCCAGGUCAAGGGGAUGCACACCAUCAUCAGGAAUAAGGAAACGAGCCGAGAUGAGUUCAUCUUCUACUCCAAGAGGUUGAUGCGUCUGCUGAUCGAGCGAGCGCUCUCCUUCCUCCCAUCGCAGGUCCACGUGGUCCAGACCCCCCAAGGAGAGGAUUAUGAAGGCAGGGCUUUCCAUGGCAAGAGGAUCACGGGCGUGUCCAUCCUGCGAGCUGGGGAGACCAUGGAGCCAGCUCUGAGGGCCGUGUGCAAAGAUGUCCGGAUUGGCAAGAUCCUCAUCCAGACCAACCAGGACACGGGAGAACCAGAGCUUCAUUACCUUCGUCUGCCGAAAGACAUCAGUGAGGAUCACGUGAUUCUGAUGGACUGCACCGUGUCCACUGGAGCUGCUGCCAUGAUGGCCGUACGAGUGCUGCUGGAUCAUGACGUUCAGGAGGAGAAAAUCCUGCUGGUGUCUCUGCUAAUGGCAGAAAUGGGAGUUCAUUCAGUGGCUUAUGCAUUUCCACAAGUCAAAAUCAUCACCACAGCCGUCGACAAGAAGGUCAACGAUCUCUUCCACAUCAUACCUGGCAUCGGAAACUUUGGCGAUCGAUACUUUGGAACAGACGCGCCACCUGACUGGAGCGACGACGACAUGGAUGAGCCCAGUUAUUGAGAAAUUCACUGUGCAUGAACUCACUGAGAGUGUGAGGCUGUAACAUAACACACUGUAAGGGAGUCCUGAAUUAUGAAGGAAAACAUUUAUAAUGUACAGCCGUAUGUUAUUAUUUAAUGUAAAUAAUGUCGCGGAAAGUGAUGUUCAUGAAGUUUGAAUCUUUCUUAUUUUAUUUUUAUAUGUCCAGUAAGUUAAGUCCAAGUUUCUUUGAGUUUGAAUAGUUUUCCUUCAGUCUCAGAAUGUGCAUAUAUAUGUAUCGCCUUAAGCCGUGAACUGUGGAGGACACAACUGAAUGUACAUUUGCUGGAGCUGUUGAAAAUGAUGCUUUUAUGGUUAUUUUUAUCACAUAGUUUUCUCCCCACAACUUUCACCAAAGUAAAAUGAUGAACUUGUGUUGCUCAUCUUCCACCGCCACGAGCACUCUGUGAAGGGCCACUCCAUUGGAAAACGUGUAGGUGUAUGUGUUUCUAUGCUCUCUGUGGAAGCUGACCUGACAUGUUGAAACCCAUCUUCAUUAUGCAGCUUUAAGUGCGCACUCGUGAUGUGUAUUUAUGCAGCAAGCCCUUCAUUUACAUAUGUUUUACUACUGUGGAUGGACCUGACCAGUGGAGAGGCACGUCAUAUUUGUCUCUACUGCCAUGGAAGUGACUCGUGUACAUUUAAAAAAGAAAAGAAACAAACACAGAUAAGCCUGAAGGUCCCUGCUGCUGUUUUUAUGUCUGAUUGUUUGUGAUAAAAUGAUCAAGUCA